CGGUUACUUAUUGAAUUUCACUAUACAAUUUUAAUAACCAAUGUUAUACGUUAUCGAAUUUCAAGAUUUGUGACGUAGAGUGGUUUGACGUCGUGUACGUUGGCGACUUAAAAGUGCAGCCUGUGGAUUGGCGUAUGGACAACGGACAGUCACAUAGAACACGUCACUUAAGACACGUUGGUCGUUGUAUACAAUUUGUGGUUACUGAACAUUUUAAUAUUAAAUUUGCCGAUGCGGCAUAAUCGUAAAGCGGUGAGGUAGGUACGUGUAUAAUUGUUAAAGCAAGCACUUUACAUAAUAACAAUACUAUGUUUUUCUCCAUAAUUCAUAACCGUGUGUGAUAUUUAAUACAAAAAAAAAAAACGACAAACGGCCGACGUGUAUGAAAACUGUAUGCCAACGCACAAAUUUUAACGUUUUCGAAAUGACAUCGUUACGUUCUAAAUGAAAACGAUUUUAUAAUCUCGAAAACACGCACAAUAGUAUCGCCAACUAUUACUAAUUAAAAUGAAGUCGUUUUGUUCUUCAUUGUUUUUCAUCGUUCUGUUGUCUGGUUAUGCGAACAAUGGUCAAUGCAACCAGAUAGUAUCAAGAUUCGAAUAUAAAUACAGCUUCAAACCUCCCUAUUUAGCUCAAAAAGAUGGAUCCGUACCGUUUUGGGAAUAUGGUGGAAGUAUGUCAUAUUUUGUUUAAUACUACUUAUUAUUAUUAUAUAAGAUAUUUGACCAACAAUUUUAAUUUCAUAGAUGUUUUAUAAUUUAUCAUGGCUGUAAAAAUACAAAAAUAAAAAAUUUAAAUGAUCUUUGAAUUAACAUCAGAUUUAUAUCACCAAAAUAAAGAAAUUUUAAUCAUUUCAAUCAUUUUUGUGGUACAUGGUUAAAAUAUAUUCAUAAUUAAUUAAAUCAGAUAGUUUAAAUUUACGUAUUCUAUAUUUACAUAUUACAGUUUUUAAUAAUUCUUGAAUACUAAUGUCUGCAUAAUAUUUUUAUACACAGCUGUUACUAUCUAAUUUAUUAACACAGGUUAUAAUAAUAGAUAGGUAUUUGUUAUUUUCAAAAAAUAUAUAAAUUUAAAUAAGUGCAAAGCACAAUUUGCUCUAAUAAAAUAAAAUAUUGAAAUUAUAUAAUUGUAUGUAUUUUGAAUGUAUUAAAGUAAUUGUCAUUCAUUUUUUUUUCCAGAUGCUAUUGCAAGCUCAGAUAAUGUUCGAAUAGCACCAUCUUUAAAAAGUCAAAAAGGUUUGUAAAUACCCACAAUAAUCUAAUAUUUGAAAAACAGUAAAUUAAUUUUAAAUGGUUUUUCACAUUUCAAAGUGAAUUUUUGAAACAUUAAAUACUAGGGUACCUAGAUAGAUUAUUUUAAUUGUUUUAAUAUUAACUUUAACAAGAGUUAAAAAUACAUUUAAAAAAAUAAUUAAAACAUGCAUUUCUUAAAAGUAAAAAAUAAUCUUUUAAAAUAUAAAUUUUGACAAUGAUCUGUUUCUAAAUAUCUUAAAGAAAAGCAUUUUACGUGCACUCAUCCAAUCAAGCCAUAAUUUCAUACAUUUUGACAUUAUUCCUUUUUUUGUUUUUGAGUAUUAUGUUUUUAUAUGGAUAUUAUUUUUUAAUAUUUUUUUUAAAAAAUAAAAUAAAUACUUAGUAGCAUACACGUAUCCAGAAUUUUAUUACAGGGAGGGCUGAUCAAAAUGUAUAAGCAUUGUCAUAUAGUACAAUAAAAACAGCUGUCCUAGGACAAUGAGGACAAGUGCAGUAACCAUUAUAGGUAAUUUAAUGUAUAUCUGUAAGCAACGAUAAACCAUUGCUAACCAAAAAAUAAUUCUGAGCGCAGUUCAGUUGAUAGUGAUGCUUUGUCAACAAUAUAUAUGUCAUAGUAAAAUAAUUACAUAUGAAGGGUGGGCUACAGGAAAAAAACAAUAAUGGUAAUAAAAAAAAUAGUAUAAUUAUAUUAUCUUAAAUUGAUAUGUGAAUUGAGUUGAGGCAUAAAGAUUACAUUAAAUAAUAUAACUAGUGCAUCCAAAUUGCAUGUCCAUAAAAAAGAGUGAUAUUGGUCGACAAACAAGUUAGACAGCUUUUUUGUGACAGAGUUAAAUUGCAUGUUAUUAAUUAUGAUUAUAAUCUAUAAAUAAGUAAAUUAUGUACAGUUCAAUGACUUGUAACUUUUGAUGUUCAGUUUAUAGCUAAGUUUAAUUUUGAAUACCUGUAAUAAAAAAAAAAAAAUGGAUUGCAUGUACACUGAAAAAAAAAACUUCAUUAAUGAAUAUAAAUUUUUUAAUAAUAAUAUUGAGACACAAACAUGCAAAAGUUUUCACAUAAUCUAAAAUUAAAAAAAAGAAACAUGCACACUACUCAACCUAUAUUAUAAUUACCGCACUCAAUUUGGAAACACCAGAUAUAACAUAGAUUUAAAUAUAUGGUUGUAUGAUGUUUUAAUACAAUUCUGGAACUUUGAAACUGCUAUAUUGAACAUUUUAAAAUUUCUAAAAUAAUAGUUUACAAUAGCUAUAGGAGUGUAUAUGUGAGUAAAUAAAUUAUUGGAGGAAAAAUAUGUAACCAUUUAUCUAAAAUUAGUCUAAAUUGAUUAUUAUAGUUAUUUAAUUUUAUAAUGCAAUUACAAAAUAAUUUAUGUAUACAUAUCAUAUUUGAUAUGAGCAGAGCUGUCCAUAUGCUAAAACCCUGUACACACUUAUCUUGCUCAUGUAAGUAAAAUAAUUAACUAUUACCUAUACAGUUUUUGUAUUUCAAAUUGUAUAUAUAGUUAUCAUUAGGGCUAGGAUUUAUAUGCAUUGGUAUAUUUUUCUACAACUUUUGAUUACUGUUUUUGUCAGUUAUGUCUACCAGAAUUAGCUCAUGUAGAAGUAAAUGGUAGUAAUUUUUUUCGCAUAAUUUAACAUAUAAUAAAUAUAAUGAAUACUAUUGCAUAUUUCAAUUACAAAAACACGAAAAAUGCAUGUUUUAUAUUAUGUAUUGACAUCUCAUUUCAAUAAAAAAAUACUCAAAAUGCAAUUUAAUACAUCUUAUCUUAUUGAAGGUUUUACAUUAUAUAAGUAUACUGAAUAAAAGUAUUUAUCUAAAAUUUAGUAUGUGUUUGACAAUCACCAGUGUAUAAUAUAUUUGGUGUAUCCAUUUUAAAAUUAUAAAAUAUCUCACUGAAAACACCAAAUUCAAACUUUGCCAAAACAAAGGAACAAUUGCUUAAAAAGUCAACGAAAAAUUAAAAUAUACCAGACUAGAAUCUAUGUUAAUGUUAAGUAAUAUUUUAAAUGAAAAUAAUCUAGAUAAAGAUUUUCCAAAUCUAACUCCUGGGGAAGUAACAUGGUUUAAAUAAACAAAAAAAUAGGUCAUAUCCAAUGGAGUUUUAAAUAUAAAAACAUCUUAAAAUCGUUCAUUUUUGAAAAUUUAAAACAUCAUAUAAUACAUUUGAAUAACACUAAUAAUUGUAGAAAACAUUUUUUUAAAUUUUAGAACCUUUCAAAGCAUUUUUUUUUCAUUUAAUAAUAUUUUAAUUACUUAUUUUUAGUAAACCAAAUGCAUAUUUCAUAAUUUUUUAUUGCAUAUUAAUCCUAGCCCUAGUUAUCAUAAUCAAAGAGUGAGUAUUAUAAAAUAAAAAUUUAUUUUUAUCUUGGAUGGGUAACAGCUAUGUUAAUUUUUACUGUGUGAUUAUGUACUUAAAAUUUAAGCAAUAAUUAAAGUUUAAACUCUUGAUUUUAUUUUACAAUUUUCAGAGCAUUAAAUUAGAAAAUGUGUAUUUUUUUUUAAAUUAAUGAACACUUUUUAAAUAUCAUUCAAAUUGUAUCAAUUCUAAUUAUUCAUUCUAUAUUAAUUUAUAAAAAAUCAAUCUUGUAUAGAUAAUCUCUGAAGGAAAAAUGUAUUAAUACUUAUAAGUACCUACGCAAGGCUACUUUAAUUUGUUUUGUUUAUCAAACUUUUCAGUUUUUUAAGUUAAAAUUUUUAAAUAAUAAAUUUUAUUAAAUUCUUUUUUUAAGGUGCUAUUUGGACAAAAAGUCAAACUAAAUUUGAUUGGUGGACAGUAGAAAUCAAUUUUAGAGUUAGCGGCCGAGGCAGAAUUGGUGCUGAUGGUCUAGUAAUACAAAUUAUUAUUAACAAUAUUUUUUUUUUUAUUAAAUGCAAACACAAUUUGUUUAGGCAUUUUGGUAUACAGAUUCACAAGGUCACUAUGAUGGUCCUGUUUUCGGAAGUUCUGACAAAUGGGUUGGAUUGGGAAUAUUUUUUGAUUCAUUUGAUAAUGAUGCUAAACACAAUAACCCCUAUAUUUUUGGUAUUGUUAAUGAUGGUUCAAAAAUAUUCGAUCAUGCAAAGUAAGCUUAAUUAUUUUAAUUAUUUUUAUAUUAAAGGAAAAAUAAACAUAAGGUACUUUUAUUUUUUUUUUUAUUUAGUGAUGGUUCAACACAACAGUUAUCAGGCUGUUUAAGAGAUUUCCGAAAUAAACCUUUUGCAACUAGAGCAAAAAUAGAAUACUAUAUGAACACUUUGACGGUAUAUCUAUCAUAUAUUUAUAUAAAUUAUUUUAACCCAUACAAAAAUUGAUUAAUAUUAAUAUUUUCCUUCUAAAUAGUUUUAAUGAUAAUUUGUAUUAUGUGUAUUAUUUUAGGUAUAUUUCCAUAGUGGUAAUACUAAUAAUGAAAAAGAUUUUGAAAUUUGUUUCCGAAGUGAGAAUGUUUUUUUACCAAAGAGUGGCUAUUUUGGAGUGUCUGCUGCUACAGGAGGACUUGCAGGUUAAACAUUUAGAAUUUUAUAUUUAUUAUAUUUGUAAUUAAAAUUUUUACUUUUUACAGAUGACCAUGAUAUUCAUCAUUUUCUUACCCAUAGUCUUUUUCCUCCUGGAACAACAUUUAAAUCUUCUGCAGGGACCUCUGUAGAUGAAGAACAAAAAUUAACAAAUGAGUAUGCAAAUUAUCAACGCAAAUUAAAACAAGAAACAGAAGAGUAAGAUAAUUAUUGUACAUUUAUAUUUAAAACAAUAUAAGAUAUUACUUUGUAUUAUAAUACAAGAGCCUUAGUUAUCAGCAUUGAUUUUAAAACUUCCAGAUAGCUUAUAAUAAAGGGAUAUUUAACAAUUUAAAUUAUAGUUAUAUGGACUUCCCAUAUAACUUCCCAUAUAAUUCCCUGUUUAAUAAGAUAUUGUUGUGCAGCAACACAUUACAGAGGCCAGUUAUUUAUUAUAACUGAUUAUUUACGUAUUGAAAUUUAUUUUAUAAAUAAUAUUUCCAAGAUAAAAUUUCAUUAAAAUUAUUGAAUGACUUCCAGUAAAAUUUCAAUAAUCAUAGCUAAUUAAUAUAUUAAUAUUUUUAAUUUUUAAUUCAUUUACUUCAAAAUAAUUAAAUAUUAUGAACUAAUAAUAUAUGACUUCAUAGGGCGAAUAAAUUUUAAAAAAUGUUAUGUAAGUAUUUUGAAAUCAAUAAUACUUAAAGUAUUAUUACUUACUUUUUUUAGUAUGCCUUAAAUAGAGGUAUUAUAAUUAUAAUGCAAUUCUAAUUUAAUUAUUAACAUAAGCUUAAAUCAGGUAUCUAUAUUUAUAAUCAAAUCACUUAUUGUAAAUACAAUUAGAGAUCUAGACUGUAAUUAUUCACUUUUUUUUUUUUUCAAAAAAUGUUUAAAUCUGGUAAUUUUUGGUUUAACUCUUGGAUUUAAAUUAAAUAAUAUACAAAUAAAAAAAAAAAAACAGAUUUUACAAGUUAUAACAUAUUUAUGUAUUUAAAUUUGAUCUUGAUAUUAAACAUUGAUAAUAUUAUAUAAUACAAUGUAUAUAAAAUCACAAUACAUAGGGUUUUAUUAAUGGGGUGUCAUAAAUAAAUACAAAUAAAAUACAAGUGUUUAACAAUAUACUAUAGGUGCUUAAAAAAUGGCAUACAUUUCAUGUUCAAAAAUAUAAAUAAAUACAAAAUUACAUUUAUUUAGCAUAAUUAGUAUUAAUUUUAAUUUUCUUCUAUUAAAAUAUAACUAUCAUCAUAUGUUUUAGGAUUUUAAAGUUUUGCAAGUUUUGAUAAGUUUGAUAUUUUUGAUAUUCUUAAAAUUUUAUUAAUCCAAAACAAUAUUAAUUAAUUUAAUGAAGAUACUCCUUAAUACAAAAUCAUUAGUUUUCCUCUUAUUUUAAGUCAGAAUUGUACUUAUUUUUAAUGUUAAAAUUGUAUUAUUAUAUUAUUUAACAAAUGGAAACAAACAAUGAGAGAUGGCCAUACAAUUUGAAUAUUCGGAUCUUAAAUCCAAUUAUGCCUAUUACCACUAACAAUACAGACAAUUAACAUAAAUUGUUUUUAAAAUAAUCAUUUUAAUGAACAUAUAAUUAGUUAUUAUUAAAUUAAAUAAGUACAUUAAUUAAUUUUCCAUAUUCAACCAAUGGUCCCUUGAAACCUAGAACAUUUUUAAAUGUUUUAUUUAUUUUUUAUGAUUUACCACAGUUUUCAUAUUAACAAUAAUUACCAGCCAUAAUUAAUUUAACAAUAUUUACUGCUAAAUAAAAAUCAAUAGUAUAACAAUGUUAAAUAUACUUUAAAGUUAAAUUGCUCAGAUAUUAAAAUUACUUUAUUUUAUUUUAUUGUUCUAAAAUCAAUUUUUUUGUUAUAAUUAUUACUUACAGCCAAGGCCGGGGGAAGUUACCUAAGUAACUGAAUAAUUUACAGUUACUUUACUUAGUUAAGUUAAAAUUAACUAAAUAAUAAAAGUUACUGGUUAAAAAUGUACAAAGUUACAAGUUAAAAUUACUUUUUAAUUAAUUAAUUAAUUUUUUUUUUUUUAUUGGCUUUUAUUGUAUGAGUAAUUGUUAUAUUGGAAUAUUAUUAAAUUAUAUGAUUCUAAUUACUUUAUCAUUUCAUAAUUUUGAAAAUAUUAAGGAGCUAUGAUAUAUUUACAUCAGAUUGCCAGUUUUUGAAGGAAUUUAUAAGAUAACUUUCAUGAAUUGAUGUUAGAAAUUAUAGUAACAAUAUGUUAUCACAUUCUUACGUGAAAAUCAAGGUGUAUUGUACAAAGUAUAAUGUUACUGAUUUUCAUAACUUUUUAACUAUAUUAUUUUCACGAGAAAAAGGUAGUUUUAUGUGCAUUAAUUUUAUCAUACCAUUGCUUAUCUGUAUAUUAUGAAAUCUAUUGUUAUAACUAGAGAUCCGAUUUUAUAUUCUCUUACAGUCCACAAAAAGAUGUUUAAAAACAUCAAAAAAUCUUUGAAAAAUUUAAAAAGCAAAAAUGAUUAUGGAGUUUAAAAGUUCUUCCCCUUUCAUCCCCCACCACUAAUGGCUAACCUAUUUGAUAAAAUUUCUUAACACUAACAAAUUGAUUCAUACAAAAUAAUUGCAUACACAUAUCAUGAGCAUGAUGUAUAUUUUACAGUUAUCAAAAACAACACCCUGAAAGUAAAACAAAAGAAGAUAGUGAAUUUGAAGACUGGUAUGAAACGGAUAAUCAGCGUGAAUUACAUCAAAUAUUUUCUGGGCAAAGUCAAAUUGUGGAAUCUGUUAAAAUUUUAAAUCAAAAACUUGAUGAAAUUGUUGGCCGUCAAGAAAGAACACUGGGUUUAUUAUCAAAUGUUCAAUCUACAAUGGCAGUUCUAAGUUCUGUAGGAGGUCAUCAGCCAAAUGGUAUUUAAUUAUUUAUGAUACGAGGUUUGGCUAUUAAAUAACGAGACUGCGCGCAUAGAGAGCGUCCCAAAAAGGUUAGGGGAAAACCAAAUACAGCCCUGGCUAGCUAGAAGUGUCUAUUAUGCCAGUACAAAAUUGGGUUUUUGUUGGUGCAUUAUUAUUUUUUCUGUAGCGUUUAGAAACGAACAUGUUUUUUUCUCUUGCCAAAAAACAUGUGUGACGAAAAACAAAAGCAAUGGAUAAAUGUAAAAUUUUCUCGUUAAACUAAAAAAAACUCCAACUGAAUGCUAUAAGUUGUUAUAAGAGGCCUAUAGUACUCCAGGCACUCCAAUACUCAAACACGCGUCUUACUCACCCGACUUGGCACCCUGCGACUUUUACUUGUUUCCGAAGAUAAAGUCUACCUUAAAAGGAAUCCGGUUUGAGUCGAUGGAAGAGGUGAAACAAAAAUCGGCGGAACUCCUGAAUGGUCUUACGAAAACAGACUUCCAGCACUGCCUGGAUGCCAAUGAAAUAGUGUGUGGCGAGGGAAGGGGAGCAUUUGAAUGUAAAAUAAUUUUUAUAAUAAAACACUUUUUCGUAACCAGUCUCGUUAUUUAAUAGCCAGACCUCAUAAAUGUAUGUGAUUAUAAGUUUUAAUUUGUUUAUUUAUAUAAUAGUACAAACACCACAAAUGGCACAAUUAAAUGCUGGAAUAGGAAGACAAGAUAUUGAGUCCCUUAUUGUGGCACAGAAUUCAAUCAUAAGUUCUGUGAGAGAAGUGAAGUAAAUAUCUAAAUUAUUAUCUAUACAUAUACAUUAUUUAAUUAAGGGUUCUUAUUUAUAGAAGAAAUAAAAAUAUUGAUUCUUUUUAUGUAGGCCCCCUCACUUUAUUCUUUAUUACAAGAAAGUAAUUUUGGUUAAAUUUGGUCAUGACUUAUAACCCCUUCCCAUAUCUCUGGGGAGUUACAAAAAAGUCAACGAUGGUUGUUUUUUGAACUUAAUUAAUAAAAUAUAACACUCGCCAAAGAAAUGUUUAAAACUUGAACAGUAGAAAUAAUAUUUUCAAUAAAAAAAUAUAUAAAUAUAUUAUUUUUUAUAGUUGCAAUAUUUUUUUUUUUUUUUUUGGCAAAAUUGAUAAUUUAUAGUUAUUUUAAUAUAAUAUUUAACAAAUGGUUAGAAACAAAAAAAAAAAAAAUGAUUUAUAAAAAUCAUUGUACAAAAUUGAAUUUCCUGAAAAAAAAAGUAUAUUUAAAAUAUAACUAAAUAUAAUUGUAAUUUGUCAUAAUACAUACUAUUUUAGCAUAUUAUAUUAGAUAUGUGCUGAAUAAUAUGGUUACUAAAACUAAAUUCGCAUAUUUAUUUUAAUUAAAUAAUAAAUAUAAAUCAAAAACAACCUCUAAGGCAAUUUUAUAACUAUUAUCAUCUGAUAUAGUAGAAACAUUGUUUUAAAGGAAAAUAAUAUAAAAAUUGAAUUUAUUAAACAAUUUAUUGAUUUAAUUUGAUAUACAAUUUUAGUAGAACUUAAAAAUGAUUUAUGGUAUUUAAAUUCCACAAAUCAUUUUUAAAUUUAUUUUAAUAAACUGAUAAACUGAAGAUCAUUUAAGGUAUAAUGAAAUCUAAUGUUGCAUUAAAUCACACUUCAAUAUGUAUUAUCCAAAGAUUAAAAAUAUUGAAAUGUUUCAUAGUCCAUUUUCUUCUGCUUUGAUCAAUUUCUACACCUUAUAAUGAUCUUCAGUUUAUUAAAAAACGUAAUAAAUAUAAAACAAUUAAUGCAAAUAUAUCAAGUUUCUUUUAAUAAAUUUAAAAAUUACUUGUGGUAUUUUUCCCCUGAAAAAUUCUUAGCGUAGUAAGGGAGCUAUUGGUUUUACAAUGCCUGUUUGUUUCUUUUUUUUCUAGUCUGUGGACACUUUUUUUCCUAGUAAACUCUCUGAUUUUUAUUUGUAGCAAUUUUUCUGAAACUAAAGUUAUCUAGAUGGUAUUUUUUUUAUUUUCGAUGCCAUUUUUUAAAUUAAAGCACUUAAACAGGACAAAUUGUAAAAUUUCACUAUUUAAUAAUAAAUAAUUUCAUUAUUUUAUAAAAAUACGGAUGACAUUUUCUACCAGAAAAAAUGAUUUAAUCGUAAAAUCACAAGAUACCUUUUUGAUUUACUUUCUUGCGGUAUUAUUGCCAUAACUUUUGAGCUUUUAAAAAAAAUUUAAUUUUUAGGAGUUUUUUUGCUGUAAUUCGGUUAUAAAAACACGUAUAGACUUGAAACUUGGUAAUAAUACUUAUAUUGGAUUUAACUAAUCUUGGUGAAAUUACCAAAUUGAUCGAAUGACUUUUUUUAAUAAUUGUUUUGAAAUUAAAUUUUAAUGAAAAAUUCAAAUUAUGUAUUACUGAACUGAGCUGAAUCACGGAGUCGUGUAAAAUAGAGGAUCCAAUGAACUUUUUACAACUAUUUUUCAGGAAAUAAAAUUUUAAAAGAUUUUUAUGUUCCAGCCAUUUGUCAAAUUUAUUAAAAAAAAAAAAUUAAAAUUUUAUAGUUGUAAGACAUAAAUUUAUAUUUUUUAUAAAUAAUAUUUCCUAAUAUUAUCCAAUAUUUUAUUGGAAAUAAUUAAGUUCUAGAACUGAUAUAUUUAUACAUUUUUUGGCAAAGAGCUAUUUUUCAACUCCCCAAAGGUAUGUGAAUGGGGUGUGAAGUCAUAGCCAAAUUUUACUAAAAUUACUUUCUUAGAAUGACGGAAAAAAUGAGGAGGUCUUUCAACAAAAAUUUGAAAGUUAAAAAAUAUGAAGCACCGUGAUCUGCCAUUUGCAAUAACAUUUAUUCUAUUUUUUAUUUUUAACUAAUGAGUAUAUCUCUGCACUUCAAUAUUAUAUAAAACAAUCUUUUAGAUUGGGGAAAUUAGAAUAGAAAAUUAAACAUUUUAUUAAAAUUUAAAAAAAAAAUUCAAAAUUAUUAUUUUGUAAAGUAGACUUUUAGAAAAAUGUUGAUGGUUGAAACUUUUAUUUGGGUAUACUCUUUUAUUUUCUACAAUUUACUGAAUUUUUUGCAAAUGUGAAUAUUAUUGUGGUUUAUAAUUUAUUAUAAUAUUUAAUCAGUAGUCAGUAGUAUUACUAUAUGAUAUUAACUCAUGGAAAAAAAGAUCCUAGUCAUUUGAUGUGCUUUGACUUUUGAUUAAAUAUUAUAAGAAAUUAUAAACCACAAUAAUAUUCACAUUUGUCAAAAUUCAAAAAUGUAUAGGAAGACAAAAGACUUUACCUUAACAAAUGUUUCAACCCCCAAAAUUUUUCUAAAAAUCUAUUUUACAAAAUGGCUAUUUUGAAUUUUUUUAAAAAAUUAUAGUUAAAUGUUUAAUUUUUUUUAUUUGAAGUUUUCUCACCAAACUUGUAAAUAAAACAAAAGUUAUUUCAGGUGACAGAUUAUCAUGCCACCCACUAUAUAUGUGUAAUUUGUAUUGCUAAGACUUAAAAAUUAAAUUUUAAAUCCAGCCUACUUCAUGCCGAAAAUAUUUCGUUAUUAAAAUACUACUUAUAUAUUUUAUAGAAACUAUGUGGUAGAAGUUCAUUCUAAAUCAGAUACUAUAAUUAAGAAUCAAGUCCACCAGCCUACUGCACAAGUUCAACCCUUAGGCUAUGACCAGAUAUCAAUUAUGCAUGAAAUAAGAGACUCAUUGAAUGCAAUGAAACGAGACUCUGCAUCUAGACCUAGUUAUGCACAGCCAAUUGUAUGUCCCUCCUGUGCUACAAGUACGGUUGUCAUAGUUACAGCAGUUGUUCAAAUGUUUUUAUUCACUAUUUAUGUUAUUUAUAAGUAAGUAUCCACAAAUUUAAAAUAUGUUUCAUAAUUUUAAGUUUAUAGUUUCAAAUAUUAUUUAUUUAUAUUCUUAGAAAAAUAUUAGUUUUAUUUUAUAAUGGGGUUUUAUUUUUUUAUUUUUAUUCUGGGUCAGGCAACUUAUUGAAGUAAUUAGUUGCAUUUGGAUAAAAUUUACAAAUUUCUUGUCUAGAAAAUUGAAUAAUCUGAAAUUUGUUUCCUCUCCAGACAGAAAAUGAAAUGUUGAAAUUGUAAUUUUUUUUUGAGAUGAAAGGAUAUUGAUUUUAAAUUAUAAUACAUUAUUUGUUUGUUAGAAAAUUAAUAAAAUUUAUACACAGAAUUAUUUCAAUUCUACUUAAGAAUAAUAGUGGACUUAUUUAGAAUAUAUGAUUUUAAUUAUUAUAUAACACAAAUUAUAAUUUAAACAUUUAAUAGUUUAAAUGUUCUUAACAUGAAUAAUCUAUGUCUUUUUUUUUUCAGAAAUAAUAAAGAGUCUCAAGCAAAGAAAUUCUAUUGAGGAUUAAAAUAUUACCUAUAUAUCUAGUAUAUUUUAUAUGGAAACUGUAUAUAUAUAUAUACAUAAAAGUUCAUUCCAUGAAUUAUUAUAAUAAUCUGUAAUAGAUAUAUAUGACAUAUACAAUUAAGAAAAAUUUUAAAAAUACAUGUUCGGGUACUAGAAAAUGAGUUAAUUAUUGUUAAGACAAUUAUUAUUACUUUUUUAUAAACAUGGUAUUUUACAUCAUUCUGGUUCAUAAAACAAAAACAAAAAUGUGUUGUGAAUUACUUGUAAAUUUAAUAGGAAUUAUUGAUUAAGAUAAUAAACAUUUUUUAUAUAUAUAUAUUUGUUCAACCAAUAUUGAUUUAUGUUUAUUAAUUUGAUUACCUUUGUGUUUAAUAGUACUUUUUUUUAUAAAGAUAAUAAUAAAUUACAAAUAAAUAUCAAGAUAAUAGCAGUUAAUGAUUUAUUUGUUUAUUAAUUGCAUUAUUAUUGUUAUGUUGUAGUAAUGAUUUUGUUAAAAGAUAGUAAUUAUUAUAUUUAAUAAUUAUAAUAAUUUAUGAUUAUGAUAUAAUAUAAAGGUUUAUAAAUAAAACAAUAGUUUAAUAAAUGUAAAAAAAAUUUAAGAACACAUGUCAGAAGGUUAAUUUUAAAAAUGUAACAGGAUUUUGUGAUAUAAUAUUCAUAGCCUGAUUAUAAAAUUGAAUUUUAUUCUUAACAAUAAUAAAAUACAGGCGCUGGGAGAUAUAAAUCAAACACAUUGUUAUGCAAAACAAUAUAAAAUAAUAAUAGGUAAUGUAUAAAUGUAUAAUAUUGUUAUGCGUUUUCACUUAAAAAUUAUUAAUUAUGUUAAUAUUAUGUAAUGAUUUGAUAUUUUGUAAAAAUAAAUAUCAAAUCUAAUUGUGUGAAAAAUAUAACAUUAAAUUAAAGUGCAUGUUGAACCGUUCAUAACUUCUGACAAAAACAUAGGUGUACCCGCGCCAAGUCCGCCAUCUGUUUUUUCUUGUUCGUUUUCCUGGUCAUAUUCGCAAUCAAAGUACCGACUCUGUAAACAAUACAAAAUCACAGGGAUUAUAAACAAAAAUUAUUUUUGUUUAUAAAAUUUAAUAUGAUAUCAUCAUUUCACCUGGCAUUCAUAACAUCUGCAGUGGUCACUCAUUUUACAUGUUAUGCCCCAUUGAGCCGCGACAGCUUUGUAAAACUCCUUGCUGCUCUUAUGAAAUAUUUCUUGUCGUACAGGAGAACCAGUGCUCUGGCAAUCGGUGUUAGAACUGCAAGCUUGAUACUGACUACUUCCAGCUGCAUAUUUCUCCUCAUAAUGACCACCAUGUUCAGAAGACAGUCCUGGCU